AUGAUACGUUUAUCCGCUGAUAAUGAUGUACUCGAUAAUUAUCUUUCUCAUGAUCGAAAUUCAUCAUCAUCAUCAUCACGUACAAUUCAAGAAGUUGCAUCAAGUACACUUAUCGAUAGUUUAGCAGCUGAAUGGUGGUCAAUAAAUUUAUCACAACAUGUUAUUAAUGAUUUACUUGAAAAUCUUCUACCAAUAAUAGUUUUAGGAUGUGAAAAAGUUAUUAAUGAAGCUGAUGAACGUCAUUUAAUUGGAACAACAACACCCGAUCGAUCAUUUAAUCCAAUAAAUCGUUUAGCAUCAUUUUUAAUGCGUAAUAAUCCAAAAUAUAUGCAUUAUUCAACAUUAUCACCAUAUCAUUAUUCAAUGAAAUCUUUAUUAAAUACGAAAAAAGUUCAAGUUUUAAAAGUUUAUGGUGAAGAAGAAACAUUAUUACGUACAAUACUUAAACAAAGACAAACUGAACGUAAUGAACAUCAUGAUGUUACUGAUAAAGAAGAAGAACGUCGAAAAAAAUCAUUAAAAAUACUCUUUUCCGAUUGGAAUGUACCUGAAAGAGGAUGGAUUCAAACAAAACUCAUUAACAAUAUGCUUGAACAAUUCAAUGAAGUUUCAAAAGAAAUUAGUUUGAAAUCAAAUUUACCUGUAUUUCAAUCACAUCGAAUGCAUCUUGGAAAUUUUACUGAAAAUUUUUUCAAUGGUUUAAAUAAUGAAUCUGGAAAAAAUUUUGAUUCAAUUCUUAAUGUAUAUCGUCGUUGUGCACAAACUUAUUCAAAUAUUGUUCAAGAACAUGAACUUGAUCUUCUUUUACAACGUGUUUUUAAUCAAUUAGAUGAAAAACAAAGUGGUUUUCUUCUUCGACAAAAUGUUAUGAAAUUAUUACAGAAAUUUUAUAAAGCAUUAAAUGAUCAAGAUAAAAAAAAUGUGAAUCAACCAGAUCAAUGGCCUGUUCUUAAACAAAUCACAACAGAUGAAGAGAUUGAAGAUGAAGAUCUAUCCGAAUCAGAAAAAGAGGAAGAAGAGAAACAACCUGAAGUACCAAAAAAACAUGAACACGAAACACAUCAACAAGAAAAACCGUCCGAAACAAAUGAAGAACAUAAGCAUGAUGAGGCAACCAAAGCUGGUGAACAUGGAAAACCAGAUGAAGCAACCAAAACUGAAGAACAUGGAAAACCAGAUGAAGCAGUCAAGACUGGUGAACAUGAGAAGUCAGGUGAAGCACCCAAAACUGAAGAACAUGAGAAACCAAAUGAAGCAGCCAAAACUGGUGAACACGAAAGAGCAGGUGAAGCACCGAAAACAGAUGAAGAAGAAAAAUUACAUGAAAGACCAAAGACAAAUGAACAAAAGACUACAUUAAGUACUCUACCUGAUGCUAAUAAAAAAAAAGAUCAACAAGAGAAAAAAGAUCAAAAAAAGAAAAAAGAAGAAGAACAAGAAGAAGCAGAUGUAGAAGAAAACAAAAUUACUAUUGAAUUAAAACCACCUUCAGCUUAUGAAGCAAAUUAUCGUUUCACAAAAGAACACAAAUCAGUUUAUAAUUUAGAACAUUUUGAUACAGACGAUAUUACUAAAUCAAAUCCGUAUGAUGAAAAACUUAUGGAUAAAAAACAAUUUAGUUCCUUGUUAAUAUCAUUUUCUGGUUUGAAAAAAGAUGAAAUGAUUGUAUCAGCAUUAAUCGAUUUUUUUCGAACAACUUAUAAAGAAACUGAUGAAGAGAAAACUGAAAAAAAAACUUAUUUACAACAACAACUUAUUGAUGAACAACGACGUACACAAUGUGAUUUAUUAUUUGAAAAAAUAAAUACAUCAUGUACAGGACUUAUUAAACUUGAACCAUUGAUUAAUAUUCUCAAACAAUAUAAAGAAGGAACAGCAUUUGAACAUAUUGAACAAGUUUUCGAAACAUAUCAAGAUCAUUCACAAAUAAGUCGUGAACAAUUUUUCGAUCUUAUUAUUAAUAUUUAUCAAACACUCAAUGAAGCAUUGAAUGGUGAAGAAAAACUCGAUGACCUUACGAAAUAUAUCGAUAGUCAACAAUCACCAUUAAAUCCAACUGAUCGCACACGUAUUCAAACUCGUCAACAAUGGUUAAAACGUAUACGUAAUAUUCCAUUUCGAUCAGUAGGUCAUCUAUAUAAAGAAGUUAUGGAUAUAAUACAAAAAGAUUCGAAUACAUUUGGUAGUCAACCAUCAAAAUAUUUAAGUAUUUAUAUUGCUUUAUUGGAAAGCAAUAAAAAUCAAUUACGAUAUGUUGCUACAACAAAUGAUCAAACUGAUUUAUUAUUAGGUAAAACAUUACAACGUGAUCAAGGCAUUUCUUUUCAAGUACUUGAAAAUGGCAGAUGGGCAUAUAUAAAUCAAACAAAAAAUCAUUCGCGAAUACAUUUUUUUAAUCCUGAUGCUAAAAAUGAAUCAGGUAGUUUUGUUUUAAUGCCAUUAAAACGUAUACAACGAAAAUAUUCGAAUGGUCUAUUGGGUAUUGAUACAAUACAAGAACAAAAAGAAAAAGCAUUUGUUAAACAUGAAGUUAAAUUUUAUGAAGGUAUUACAUCCGUAUUAUCAGACACAUUGACAUUUAUUGAUUUUCAUGUUAAUAUGAUAAAAAUUCUUAAACGAUUUACUUAUUGGAUUCAACUGCGACAUAUAAAUGUUUCAUCGGUUGAUUACUAUACUUAUGAACCUGUAUUACUUCAAAAUCCACAAAAACGUGUACUUGAACAUGUUUUAACAUAUUCCAAAGAAAAUUUAACAGUAUUCGAUACACCCAUAACAACCAAUAGUCGUGAACAAGUAUUUAAAUAUUAUCUUGAACAUGCUGCAACAACAUGUCAAUCAACAAUAACUUCAUUUCUUGAUCAAACUCAUAUGAUACAUGCAAUGCGUGGUAGAGAUAAAUUUUGUUUUGGUUUAAUUGAUACAAAUAUUGGUGAACAAACAGAUUUACCACAUGAACAAAAACAAGAUUUAAUAACAAUGUAUCAUUAUAUUUAUAAAGCUGCUGAUGUAUUAGAACAAGAAUUAUUUGAAGAUAAAACAAAACAAUUAUUAACUUAUGAAAAUCAAUCUGAAGAAAUGCGUUUAAAUUAUCUUUUUGAUCGUAUUUGGUAUAAAGAUAUAUGUAAUAAAAUAAAAGAAUUAACAAAAGAAAAAAUCCAAGAAUUUGUCGAUAAUAAAUCUAAAUGGAAUACUCAAAUAAAAGAUAUUUUAUCGAGUAUUAGUCAUAUUGUUAAAGAACAUGAAAUAAAUCCAUCUGAUUAUGCUAAGGAUCUCAUUCCAGCUAUGAAAGUAUUUGAUCCAACAGCAACAGAAAAUGUUCAUAAUAAUGCAUGGAAUCAUGUUGAACAAUCAUUACACAAUAUUCAUCAAUCAACUUUGCCGCAAACAUCAUCAGAUAUAAUUAAAAUAUUCUAUGAAUGGUUAAAUCUUGCCUAUGAACUACAUAAAAUUUCAAAAACUCAUUAA